CCUCAUCAUUCCAAUUUCCAAGUUCCAAUGUCGGAAAGUUGGAUUGGAUUACGAAUUGCCGAAAUCCAAUAAACAAAAUAAAUUUAAAUAAGCAUUAGCCAGAUAUAAUUUACUUAGCAAUGGAUAUAAGUGAACGAAUUUUGAAAUAUUUAAGUAACUCUGAAAAUGUGGAUACAUUAAAGUUAGCUAGCGAAUUUAAUGAAGAUCAUCAGAAAAUCGUUGGUGCCGUCAAAAGCAUAGAGGCACUUGAGAUGGUUAUUUCUGAGGCAGUUAAAAGCACGAAAUGGGAAUUAACUGAUGAAGGCCACUCGGUUGCCAGCGCUGGUAGUCAUGAAGCCGUUUUGUACAGGGGUAUCCCCGAGGAAGGCAUACUUCAAGCUGAGGUUAUGAAGAAAGUUCCAAAUGCUAAAGUUGGAUUUAGCAAAGCAAUGUCACUUGGUUGGAUUUUCAUAGACAAGUCUGGAGGUGCUCCAAUUGUGAAGCGCAAGGUUUCAAGUAUCCAAGACAUCGUACAAGAAAACCUCAAUGAAAUCAAAAAGGGAAUAGAUAAUUUGGCUGAGAAUGUCAGGAAUGAUUACAAGAAACGGAAACUACUUCAGGAGAUUACACUAAAGAGCUUCAUCCUGAGAAAGGGGCCACAGUUUGCCACAACGAUAAAAAAAUUAGAGACUGAUUUAACUAGUGAGAUGAUUUUGAGUGGCUCUUGGAAGACGUUGCAGUUCAAACCAUAUAACUUUGACGCUUUGGGUCAACCUCCAGAGUGUGGUAAUCUCCAUCCAUUGCUUAAAGUGAGAUCAGAGUUUAGAGAGAUUUUCCUGGAGAUGGGGUUUGAAGAGAUGCCAACGAACCAGUACAUUGAGAGCUCAUUCUGGAACUUUGAUGCACUCUUUCAGCCCCAACAGCACCCGGCUCGGGACGCACAUGACACGUUCUUUAUAUCAUCACCUGCAUCUACAACUCAGUUCCCCAUGGAUUACUUAGAGAGGGUUAAGAAGGUGCAUAGCGAAGGCGGAUUUGGUUCACAGGGUUACAGAUACGAGUGGAAGAUUGAAGAGGCACAGAAGAACCUGCUGCGGACACACACGACGGCUGUGAGUGCACGCAUGUUGUACCAACUGGCCCAGCAGAACACCUUCACGCCACGGAAAUACUUCAGUAUAGACAAGGUGUUCCGCAACGAGACGUUGGACGCGACGCACCUGGCUGAGUUUCAGCAGGUGGAGGGCGUGGUGGCGGCGCGAGGGCUGGGACUGGCCGACCUCAUCUCGCUGCUGGACGCCUUCUUCCGCCGGCUCGGCUUCCACAGGCUGCAGUUCAAGCCGGCCUACAACCCUUACACCGAGCCUAGCAUGGAGAUCUUCGCAUACCACGAAGGUCUUGGCAAAUGGAUAGAGAUAGGCAACUCGGGCGUGUUCCGGCCAGAGAUGCUGCUUCCCAUGGGACUACCUGAAGACGUUUCGGUGAUCGCGUGGGGCCUCUCACUCGAAAGGCCCACCAUGAUCAAAUAUGGCCUGAACAACAUCAGGGAUCUUGUUGGUCCUAAAGUGGACCUUCAGAUGGUCCAGAACAAUCCGAUUUGUAGACUUGAUAAAUAAAUUAUUCUAUCAUACAA